AUGGAAUCAUCUCCCUGCUCUCUCCUGCUUCCCACACUACUGUUGCUACUGUUUCAUGGUGUCCAUGGGAACAGCCUGCCAACUGUGUGUGGGCACUCAAAAAUACAAAAGAGAAUUGUAGGAGGGCAGAAUGCCAAGGAAGGACAAUGGCCGUGGCAGGUCAGCUUAAGGACCUCUUCAGGGAAACAUAUCUGUGGAGGCUCUGUCAUCCAUCCCAGUUGGGUGCUGACUGCUGCUCACUGCUUUGAAAUCUUUAACAGUUCCAGUCUCCGGUUCGAGUUCCCAGAGGUUCCAGUUCCUUCAUCUUAUCUCUUAAAGUUGGGAGAGCUGCAGCUGUAUACAAAUCCACACAAUUCCUUCUACACAACUGUGAAAAGAAUCUUCAUUCACCCUUCCUUCCACUGGAGAUCCUUUAAAGCAGACGUUGCUUUGCUACAACUGGACUCCCCCGUUCAGAUCACCCCUGUCUGCCUCCCAGCACCACAGAUCCACUUUCCUUCUGGCACCCUGUGCUGGAUGACUGGGUGGGGAAAAACCACAAAUGGUCCUGCCUCAGUCUUACAAGAAGUCCAGCUUCCCCUGAUUGAUGCUAAGGCUUGUGAUAUCCUAUACCAUACCUAUAAACGCACAGAUUCAAGGCGAUCCAAAAUUCAAGAUGACAUGAUUUGUGCUGGAUACAAGUGGGGCAAAAAAGAUGCAUGCCGGGGUGAUUCCGGAGGUCCUCUUGUCUGUAAGAACAAUAAU